AUGGCGAUGCCGCUGGUGCAUGUCUCGAUGUCCAUCCCCGCGGAGCUCCGGCUUUGCCGCCGUUUCCCUGCCCAACUCCACCCGCUGCAGGUUCUCAUUCCCAGUGCGGCCUCCUUGGCCUUGAGCUCGGGCCCCCGGCCCAGCCCAGGCUCUGCCUGCGUCCUCUCCCUGAGAACCGACCCAGCCUGGGCCCCAGGGCCCGGUCUCUUCAUCUCCGCCACCGUCACCGAGGAGGAUCCGCCGGCGGAGGCAGAGCCCGGGCCCGGGGAGCAGGGGGACAGGGGGCCCGGGCCCAGGGAGCAGGGGGACAGGGGGCCCGGGCCCAGGGAGCAGGGGGACAGGGGGCCCGGGCCCAGGGACAGGGGGACCGGGGAGCAGGGGGACAGGGAGCCCGGGCCCAGGGACAGGGGGCCCGGGGAGCAGGGGGACAGGGGGACCGGGGAGCAGGGGGACAGGGGGCCCGGGCCCAGGGACAGGGGGACCGGGGAGCAGGGGGACAGGGGGCCCGGACAGGGGGACCGGGGAGCAGGGGGACAGGGGGCCCGGGCCCAGGGACAGGGGGACCGGGGAGCAGGGGGACAGGGGGCCCGGGCCCAGGGACAGGGGGACCGGGGAGCAGGGGGACAGGGGGCCCGGGCCCAGGGACAGGGGGGGGACAGGGGGCCCGGGGAGCAGGGGGACAGGGGGCCCGGGCCCAGGGACAGGGGGACCGGGGAGCAGGGGGACAGGGGGCCCGGGCCCGGGGAGCCGGGUGCUGGGGUCCCCCUCCGGAUCUACACCAGCAGACUCUUCCCCAAACAUUAUGGCCUGUGGGUGGAGGAUGAAGUGGAGGAGGAGUCCCCAGGCCUGGGGGGUGCCCUGUCCUGCCUGCGGGUCUCCCUGGUACAGUCAGUACCCACCCUGACCAAGGUGGUGUUGGGCGCCCGCAGCAAAGCCAGCCUGUGCUGGGCUGGUUCCCAGAGCUUUGCCAAUGGUCUUCUGGUCCUGACUUGCCAGCGGCAGCAGAUUCUGCUGCGGCAGGGGGACGCCCCCAACGUGCCCUAUCACCCCUUGUUCGGGGAGGACAGUGGCGAGGUCUUUGGCCACCUCUUGGAGCUGGUUGUUCUGGAGUGCCAGCCUGUUCUGCAAGGUCUCCUCUCCGUCAACACCAGCCUGGUGCUCACUGACUUCAGGGAUCCCAACCAGCUACAUGCCAAUGAGCUCCAGUCAGCCAGGCUACUCCAGCCACUCUAUGUUUCUGAUUUUGCCCAUUACACUCGUGCACUUUGGGGCACAGGCCUUGUGCUGGAGCCUGGCAAAACCCUAGACUCUGAUAUGGUGACUUUUCUACAGGCCUUGGAGUGCAGGCUGGAGGUGAUGGUGGCUGACUUGCCUGGACUGGCCGACAGCGGGAAGCUUCAACCCAGUGCCAUGGCUGGUGAACACCGCGGCCUGGAUGCUGAUAACCUGCUGGUCCUAACCAAGCCAGCUCUACAGCGACUGGGUCUUUUCAAUGGUGAGUGGGUCCUCAUCUCCAUCCUGGAGACGGCUGUGGAGAAGGAGCGGGGGCUAGCUACCGAAACCGAGGCAGAACGCUCCAGUCGGAGUGUGGAGCCAGGAAGCUGCAGCAGCCCCAGGGCAUUGGGAAGCAGCUCCGAUCGAUGGCUGAACGGACGGCUUGCCUCUGUGCACGUGGUGGAAGUGGCAAACAGUGCCCGGCUGGAGCUGGCAGACAACAUGGCGGCGAUCUCACAUACGCUAUGGUUUAACAUCUCCAAAGGAUCUCCGGUGCCAAUCUCCAACAGGACGCUGAAAGUCAAGCGUUUUUACCGGCCAUCCUGUGUGGAAAAGCAGCUGAAGGAUAGUCGUUCAGCACUGUCUGUCCCUCCGCUGGCAAAGGAACUACAUGUGAAGGUGAUCUUCUCUCCAACAUACAACGCCAGAGAUGUGUAUGACGGUGUACUGUUUGAGCAUUUCAAAACACAGAGGCUUGUCCAUUUGGAAGAUGUGUUGUGUGUUCGGACACGUGGUAAGGCAGAGUUCAUAGCCAACUGUUCUGAAAGAUGUGUGAGGUGGCCCGUGCUGUACCUGAAAGUGAGAUCUGUGUCUGGGGACGGAGAUUCUGACAUGGUCUCAGGGUUCCUGGCGGACACUGAGCACACGUCCCUCUACUUGGACGGUUGUGGUAACAGCUAUAUCCCCUGUGCUGUUGCAUCCAAUGGUCAUCAAUUCUGGGGCAGCUCAUUUCCCCCUGGACUGAGCAACACUGUGGACACUCUCUGUAGCAUCAUGCAGCCCUAUCUGCACAAUGGGCCUCCAAUACUAGACGGACCAUGCAGUAUCCUGUUGUGGGGUCCGAGUGGUAGCGGGAAGACCACUGUGCUUCAAGCCACCAGCUCCAGGCUCAACCUGCAUUUGGUACAGGUGGACUGUGUGUGUCUUUGUGCUGAUUCCACUGGUGCCUCUGAAGCGAAACUCCAAGCUGCCUUUUCAGAAGCUGACCUUCACCGUCCCUGCAUUCUGCUGCUGCGCCAUCUUGUGAUGAUUGGGAGAGAACGUGAUGGAGUCGGGGAAGAUUCACGUUUGAUUUCUUCCCUCCACCACUUCAUGAAGGAUCUCGCUCUGACUCACCAUGAUUACCCUGUCGUGGUGGUUGGGACGGUUGGCCGGCUGCAGGAUCUGUUUGCUGAUGUACAGACCCUGUUUCUGCAUGAGCUAGCGAUGGAGACUCUGUCUGAAGAGCAGAGGAAGCUGAUAAUAGGAACACUCAGUACCGAUCUCCCUCUGGGCAAAGAUGUCAAUCUCGGAAAGCUAGCUAAGCUAACGGCUGGCUAUUUGCUGAGUGAUCUGUGUGCGUUGCUAAGCCGGGCAAGCCAAACAGCCUGCAAACGAUUACGAAAGAGCUGUUUUCCAGGUACAAUUCCAAGUGUGCAGGAAGAGUUGGAUUUAUGUGCUGCUGGAGUGACGAUCCUAUGGGAGGAUUUUCAGAUGGCCUUGGAUCAACUACAGACAGCGCACUCACAGGCUGUCGGAGCCCCAAAGAUUCCCACGGUGAGGUGGCAGGAUGUGGGAGGUCUGCAAGACAUAAAGCGUGAGAUCCUGGACACCGUGCAGCUCCCCCUGGACCAUCCUGAGCUGCUAACGCUUGGCCUGCGCCGAACCGGCCUGCUGCUGUAUGGACCGCCCGGAACUGGCAAAACCCUGCUGGCUAAAGCCAUUGCCACCGAGUGCACUAUGACCUUCCUCAGUGUUAAAGGCCCUGAGCUCAUCAACAUGUAUGUUGGACAGAGUGAAGAGAAUGUGCGAGAAGUGUUCAGCAAGGCCAGAGCAGCUGCUCCCUGUGUCGUGUUCUUUGAUGAACUGGACUCACUGGCCCCAAAUCGAGGUCGGAGCGGAGAUUCUGGGGGUGUCAUGGACAGAGUGGUGUCUCAGCUUCUCACUGAACUCGAUGGACUUAAUCCCAGUGCUGGUGUGUUUGUCAUCGGAGCCACGAACAGACCUGAUCUGCUGGACCAAGCCCUUCUCCGGCCUGGCAGAUUUGAUAAGCUGUUGUAUGUGGGAGUGAGUGAAGACAGAGAGACACAGCUCCGGAUACUGAGGGCGAUAACACACAAGUUCACGUUGCAUCCGAGUGUGAGUCUGAAGCACGUUGUUGAACAGUGCCCUCCAUAUCUGAGUGGGGCAGACCUGUACUCACUCUGCUCGGAUACCAUGAUGUCAGCUCUGAAACGGAAGAUUAGCCGCAUUGAGGAAGGUGUGGAGACAGAGGACUCGGAGCUGGUUCUGAUGCAGGAGGAUUUUCAGCAUGCCCUCACUACCCUGCAACCCUCAGUCUCCCAGCAGGAUCUCAUCAACUACAGACUGAUACAACAGAGACUCUCAGCCACAUGACAGCUGCAGGCAACAUCUGGAUGGGAACAGGAAGAGCCCAAAUUGGAAACGGUGGGGGGGUGGGGGCAGGUGUGAAAAACAUCUGUUAGGGAAUGGGGGAGGGGGCCAGCUUUGGGAAACUUCUGCAUAGGAACAUUGUGGUAAGGCUGGUGUAAGGGCACCAUUUGAAUUGGAACAGGGGCACUGGGUGUGGGGCACAUCCCAAUAGCAAUGAGGAUACAGUUUGGGAUCUAUCUGGAUGUGUGGGCAAUAUCUGUCUGUGUGAGGAACAUCUGCUUUGGAACCAAGGGCACUGGGAGUGAAGAACAUCUAGUGGAACAGUCUCUCUGGAUAGGAGGGAUAUCUGAUUGGGUAGAGGUGGGGCUCCAUGUAUGGGGAACAGGAGGGGCACAGUUCAUGCAACAUCUGGAUGGGAAGUGCACUGGGUUUGAGGAGCAUCUGGAUGGGAACAGGUGCUCCAGGUGGAAGGAAGAUCCAGGCCGAUCGAGGUGGGGUUCCAUGUGUGGGAAACACCUAGAUGGGAACAGGACAGGAACAGUUCACGGAACAUCUGGAGGAGAACAGUGCACUGGGUGUGAGGAUGAGGACAGGAGCUGCACUUUGAGGGCCACACCUACACAGAAAUAGUCUGAGGCAAUAUCUUAAUGGAAGAGAGGUGCAUUUUGGACAACAUCUGGAUGGGAACAUGCCCUGCAUCAUCAACAUCUGGAUGGGAACAGAAGGGAGUUUCUGUGAAAAAUGGGGAUUUAGACUGAUAUGCAUCUCCAGAAAUUGAGCUCAGAAUCCACCGCUUGCACACCACGCCUGCAGUGUGUACCAUCUACAAGAUGCACUGCAGGAACUCACCAAGGCUCCUUAGACAGCACCUUCCAAACCAGUGACCUCUGCCAUCUAGAAGGACAAGGGCAGCAGAUAGAUGGGAACACCAC